AUGCGGGCGUUGAUCGUGGGCAAGCCCGCCCGAGCACGGGGGAGGCCGCCGGGGCGCGGUGGGGCUGCAGGAGAAGGCUGGCCUGAGCGGCUCGGCACGACCGCGGCGAGAGGUGGCCGGCCGGAGCGGGCAAGGCAAGGGGGCGGCCACGGUAAGCUCAAGUUGCAGCAGCGACAUAAUGGCAGCAGCAACCGCGGCAGCACGGAUGGGCGACGCGCCGGCGGUUGGAGGCGGGCUGCAGGCAGUGGGAGCGGCGGACACCAGCGGGGCAGCAGCAGGGCGAGCGGUUGUGGCAGGCGAGCUGGGCAGCAGCGGGUCGCGCAGGGCAGGGCAGCGGAGCGGCGAUGGGCAACGACAGUGAGCGGCGCAGCAGCGGCGGGCUUCGCGUGGGGGCACGGUGCGGGCUGGCGGCCUCCGACGAGCAGCGAAGCGCGGCCAGACGUCGGGGAUGCGACGGGCGCGCGGGCGCGUCGCGCGCACAGCGCGGCCACAAAGGGGGAGGUUAGGGGCGGAGCGGCUCGUGCUAGCGCGCGGGGACGAAUGGGAGGCGGCGCCGGACAGAGAGGGAAGAGAGGAGAGGCGGGCCUCACGUUCGAGUAG